AUGCAAGAGUCAGCUACUCGUGGCAAAGUUGUUUUAGAUACAACUGUUGGUGAUAUUGAAAUUAAACUUUUCUCUAAAGAAUGUCCAUUAGCAUGUCGAAAUUUUGUUCAAUUAUGUAUGGAUGGUUAUUAUGAUGGUACAGUUUUUCAUCGAGUUGUACCAAAUUUUAUUGCACAAGGUGAUGAUCCAACUGGAACAGGUGAAGGAGGUGAAUCAGCAACUGGUGAAUUCUUUGCAGAUGAAUUUCAUACACGUUUACAUUUUAAUCGCUGUGGUCUUGUUGGUAUGGUUAAUCAAGGACCAAAUACUAAUGCUAGUCAAUUCUUUUUUACUUUGGGUAGUACUCCAGAACUUGAUAAAAAGAAUACAUUAUUUGGCAAAGUUGUUGGUAAUACAUUAUUUAAUAUGUUGAAAUUAUGUGAAGGAGAAAUUAUUGGUGAAAUACCAGUACAUAAACAUAAAAUAAUUAAAGCAGAAAUUAUAUCAAAUCCAUUUGAUAAUAUAGUAUCUCGACCUCGAGCUAAAUCACAAAUAAUUGAUGAUGAUAAUGAUGAAAUAAAUAAAAAGUCGAAAGAAACUGUACAAGCUAAAGCAAUCAAAAAUUAUGGUCUUCUUUCAUUUGGAAAUGAAGCUGAAGAAGAUGAAGAAGAAAUAACAAAAAUUUCAAUGACAUUCAAACAAAAAGGAACGGGAAAAAGUGCACAUGAUUUAACUAAUGAUUCAACAUUAAGUAAAAAUACAGUUGUAUUAAAUGAAAAUAAUGAAGAAAGUGAUGAGGAAUUACCUAUAGAAAAACAAAAUUUUAAAAUAAAAGAAAAAAGUGAUGCAGAUUUUGAUAAAGAAGAACUUGAUCGAGUACGACAAAAAUUUAAUGCAAAAAAAUUAGCUCCGCAAGAGAAGAAAAAAACACUUCAACUUGAUAUUGAUGAUGAUGAUGAUAAUCAAAAAGAUAUUUCAUCAACAAAAUCAAAUGAAAAUGUUAAACUUGAAAUUGAACGAUUAAAAAAAGAAUUAAAACAAACAAAAAAGUCAUCAUCAGCAUCCACACCCAAAUCAUCAGAAAAUGUCGUUCAAACACUUGAUUUAUUAGAAAGAUUUCGUGUAAAAGUUCAUACUGCUAAAGAUGAACAAAUUAGUGAAUCUUUAAAUGAAACACAAUCAGAACAAAUAGCUGAUAAAGUUCAAACAUCAUUUUUAAAACAUACUUUUGUAUCUCAAGAAUUAUUAGAUAAUGUUCAAGAUAUUUAUACAAAUGCUGAAUUAUUAACUGUUUAUGAUCCAAGAAAUCCAAUGACUAAACGACGAUGA